GGACGGCGCAAGGCCCGCACUACCCGCACGGAUUCACAAGCCCCAGAUCGACCCUUACCGUAUAGCUAAAAUGCCGACGCACUGCUGUGUCCCCUGGUGUAAGCAGCGUGGACCCAAGGAUCCAGACGGGAACAAGGUUUCGUAUCAUCGCUUCCCAAGAGAUGCCACAUUAUACAAAAAGUGGAUCAUCGCCAUCAAGCGCGAUGAAGGGAAAUUCUUCAACGUGACAAAAUGCACAAAAGUGUGUUCAAGGCAUUUCCUGCCAUCAGACUUUAUUCCCAGUGUAUCCUGUGGCAACAACUUGCUGCGACAAACAGCCUGCCCCAGUGUGUUCAGCUUUGGCAAAAUGCAGCAGCUUCGCAAGCCACCGAAGAAGCGAACAUCAGAUUCCAGAUCAGCACAUCAGAUUCCAGAUCAAGCUACUGCUCAAGCAUCGACUGUAGAAGACAGUGAAGCAAGAUUUUUUGAUGACCAGUCUACUGAUCGAUCGUCUGCAGCAGCUGUAGGGUCCGACACACCUGAAACAGAGGGAGACACCACCAGUUGUUCACCUGCUGCUGGUACAGUCCCUUCAUUAGGUGGUGGCGAGCCUGUCAGUGAAGUGGAACGUCUUGAGGGUGUGGUUGCCACACAGGGCAAUGAAAUAGACAGACUUAAAUAUGAAUGUGAAGUCCUCCAGGAGCAGCUGCUCCAAACGAAGACAGAGAUGCACCUCUCUCUCCAAGAAAAUCACCGCCUCACUACACGUCUUGAAGAGACAGAAAGUUUAACAAGCUUUUGCGUUGAGCAUUUUAAACACUCAAAUGAGGACUUGCUUGCCUACACAGGAAUGCCAACAUACCGGCACUUCCUGGCAUUGAUGGCUUACAUCAAUCCUGGAAAGAAUGGGAGUAACGUUUUGAGGAAUGCUGGCAUCAAAGCUAGCGGGGGCCGACGGCGGACAGUGGAGAAUGAGCUGUUCCUCGUACUUGUGAGGCUUCGUCUUGGCCUCUUCGAGCAUGACCUGGCACACAGAUUUGGCAUCACUCAAUCAACAGUGUCACGCAUAUGUGUGUCAUGGAUUAACUUCAUGUACAUAAGACUCUGCAAAUUACCACUCUGGGCAUCAAGAGCUGUAAUAGACGCAACAUUGCCUGCAGCAUUCAGUGCGUAUUCAACAACAAGGGUUAUUUUGGAUGCAACUGAGAUAAAGUGUGAGGUGCCCUCCUCACUGUCUCUCCAAUCGAGCUCCUACUCUGCUUACAAGUCUUCAAAUACCUUUAAAGGCCUCAUUGGUGUUUCACCAAAUGGCUUAGUUACCUUUGUGUCAGAGCUCUACGCAGGUUCUAUCUCGGACAGGGAGGCCGUACUGAAAAGUGGAUUUCUCGACCUCAAGUUUGAUGGAAAUGAUUCCGUCAUGGCAGACAAGGGGUUCUUGAUUGAGGACCUUUUGGCAAGAAAAAAUGUCAAGCUAAACAUUCCACCAUUUCUGCACAGGAAUGCCCUCUCUGAACAACAAUUCUUUGGCUUCCUGUCCUUCGACUGGAGCAUUUCUGUUCCGGUGGUUCCCAUGGAAUUCAGCACCAACCCGCCUGCUCCUGCCUUCGACGGCUGUGUCGCCGAAGAAAUCUGGACUACACAAUUCUUUGGCUUCCUGUCCUUCGACCGGAGCAUUUCUGUUCCGGUGGUUCCCAUGGAAUUCAGCAGCAACCCGCCUGCUCCUGCCUUCGACGGCUGUGUCGCCGAAGAAAUCUCGACUACACAAAUGACCCUCAGCUGCUUCUCGUUGUGCCUGUACAUCUGCAUUCAACGGUCUUGCAUGAGCUUCACGACGAACCAACUGCUGGUCACCUUGGCGCAUCCCACACGUACGACCGUGUCUGGCGCCGCUUCUUUUGGCGCGGUAUCACCCAGCCUGUUCGACGUUACGUGA